GUUCAUGAUUGAAAAUCUGUACCGAAUCAAAUCGAAUCAAAGAAAUAAAUCGAUAUAUCUCUGAACAUGAACGCUCCAAACCGGUUCCGUUGCGAAUUAUUCUGAACCGCCUCGCGAGGUGGUCUGAAGCGGUACAGAAAUGUUUCGCGUUGUCCAAUUGCAAUCAUGAACGCGCGGGUGCGAAUCGAUUCGGUGCACAUCCGGGUACUCCGGGUAGGUGAGGUCAUAGUUCGCGGCGUGGAUUUUGUAGCGCGCGAAGUGAAAGUUUGAACUGUCGGUAUAUUUUCUUUUUGGUCGCUUUUCUCAACGCAAGAUUUCGCUAUGCCGUCCAACUCGACGUCCAACUGGUCGACUGAGGAAACGGGAGCCCUGAUAUCGAUCUGGGGAGCUGGGGAGAUCCAGCGGAAACUGGACGGUAUGCACCGAAAUAUCGAAGUUUUCGAGGAGAUUGCCAAGGCCAUGGUUGAACGGGGGUUCAACCGGACGGCCGCCCAGUGCCGCUCCAAGACCAAGGCCUUGAAGCAAAAGUAUAGAACCACGAGAGACCACAACUCAAGGAGCGGGAGGGAUCGCAUCACCUGCCCGUUCUACAACGAGAUGGAUGCGUUCCUCCGCGAUCGGCCCAGCUCCAGACCUGCGGUGAUCAGGGACAGCGCCGCCCCGGCCCGCCAAGAUGACGCCGAGGAGUCUGCCGAUGAAUUUGACAGCUCCAGCGAAGCUGACAAUUCACUGAACAGCGGGCUCAGUGAAAGCGUCAACAAUGGAGGUACGGAAACAUUUUAAAAAUCGCACAAUAUAGAUCUGUUUGCAAAUGUUUUUUUUUUAAAUUUUCAUUUCAUUUUCAGUAGUAGACUUCGAAAGUUACCUGACAAGAAUGUUGCAUCUGUAG